AUGGGCGUAUCUACAGUUACUGCCACACGGAUACUGAAAGGACAGAUGGCCGGAGAGUUUGGAGAGGAAACACAGCUAGAAAUGGAUAAAUUCCCCUAUGUUGCUCUUUCCAAAGUAAGAUCUUUGUCUGAUAUUAUGCAUCCUACAGUGUGUGCAGUACUGUACAUUGUCUCUGUACAUAGUGCUAUGCAGUGUGUGUGCAUGUCGCAGUGUGUGAGUGAGUGCUCUACUGUGAGUACAUGCUAAGGUGUGUGUGUGUGUGUGUGUGCUAUACUGUGAGCACAUGCUAAGGUUUGUGUCUGUGUGUGCAAUACUGUGAGUACAUGCUAAAGUGUGUGUGUGUGUGUGUGUGCUAUACUGUGAGUACAUGCUAAGGUGUCUGUGUGUGUGUAUGUGUCUGCGUGUGCUAUACUGUGAGAACAUGCUAAGGUGUGUGUAUGUGUUUGUGUGUGUGUGUGUGUGCGCUAUACUGUGAGUGCAUGCUAAGGUGUGAGUGUGUGUGUGUGUGUGUGUCUGUCUGUCUGUCUGUGUCUGUGUGUGCUAUACUGUGAGUACAUGCUGUUGUGUGUAUGUAUGGCUAUAUAUAUGUGUGUGUUUGCUGUGCAUGUAGCUGUGUAUAUGCUAUACACCUGUUUCCAGGGCCGGACUGGGAGAAAAAUUCAGCCCGGGCAUUUUUUUAGCACAGCGGCCCACUAAGAAGGGGGUGGGGCAGAGAGGGUGUGUUUCGUCAUCACCAAAGACAAACACGCCCCCUCUCAAAGUGAGCGUUGGGUCAAUGCUCUUCCAGGGCAGAGCUCUGCUAAAGAGCUCUAGCAUGAGAAGAAAAAAAAACCUGUAUUUGUUCUGCACAGUGCAAGCAAAUUUAAUAACAUGCUUGCACUGUGUUUCCUUGAAACUUGUCUCUGGUGUCUCUAUAAAUGGAUACCAGGAGACAAAAGGGCAAGGAAAGAGUAUUGUGCAUGUGUUUGGAGCCUGCUUUGGGAUUGUGUGUGUGCAGAGUGAGCUGGUCGUGGUUUGGUAUUGUGUAAUAAGGUUGGUUUUAGUCGUGUUGUGUUUGUGGUGUAAUGUAAUGCAUAUGUGGCUAGGAGCUGAAGAGAAUGUGUGUAUAGGGGAUGUAGUAAAUGUAUGCACACAGGCUAUAGUGUGUGUGUGUAUAUAGGUGAUGUAGUGUUUGUAGGGGUUGUAGAGAGUGUGCGUUUAGGGGUGUAGCAUGUGUUUGUUUACAAGGAAUCUAGUGUGUGUGUAUCAGGGAUCCAAAGUGUGUAUGUUAGGAAUGUAGUGUGUGUAGGUGGUGCAGUGUGUGUGUGUGUAUACAGGAGUCUAGUGUGUGUUUGAAGGACCCAGAAUGUGUAUGAGAUCUAGUGAGUGUGUGUAUAUAACGGAAUCAGAGUGUAUAUAGGGAUUUGGUGUGUGUAUAUGAUCCAUAGUUGGGUAAGGGAUAUAGUGUGUGUCUGGAAUGUAAUAUGUUUAGCGGUGCAGUAUGUGUGUGAGCGGUUCAGUGUGUGUGAACGGUGCUGUGGUGUGUGUGUGUAUAUAUAUAUAUAAAAUAUAUAUAUAUAUGUUUGGAAGUAUUGUGUGUGUGUGUGUGUUUAGUGCAGUGUGUUGGGGUUCUGCGUGUAUGUGUGAGGGGUGCAGUGGGUGUCUGUGAGGGGUGUAGUGUGUAUGUGAAGGGUGCAGUAUGUGUGUGUGAUGGAUGUUGUGUUUGAGGGGUGCUGUGUGUGAAGAUGCUGUGUAUGUUGUGUUUAAGGGUGCUGUAUGUGGGUGCUGUGUUAAAGGGUGCAGUGUGUGUGAUUUGUGUGUGUGUGUGAUGUGUGUGAAAGUGCUGUGCUGUGUGUGAGUGUGCUGUGUGUGAUGUGUGUGAGAGUGCUGUGUGUGAGAGUGCUGUGCUGUGUGUGAGAGUGCUGUGAGUGAGAGUGCUGUGUGUGCUGUGUGUGAGAGUGCUGUGCUGUGUGUGAGAGUGCAGUGUGUGAGAGUGCAGUGUGUGAGAGUGCUGUGUGUGAGAGUGCUGUGUGAGUGCUGUGUGUGAGAGUGCUGUGCUGUGUGUGAGAGUGCUGUGUGUGAUGUGUAAGAGUGCUGUGUGUGAGAGUGCUGUGAGUGAGAGUGCUGUGUGUGCUGUGUGUGAGAGUGCUGUGCUGUGUGUGAGAGUGCAGUGUGUGUGAGUGCUGUGUGUGAUGUGUGUGAGAGUGCUAUGCUGUGUGUGAGAGUGCUGUGUGUGAGAGUGCUGUGUGUGCUGUGUGUGAGAGUGCUGUGUGUGCUGUGUGUGAGAGUGUUGUGUGUGAGAGUGCUGUGUGUGAGAGUGCUGUGUGUGAGAGUGCUGUGUGAGUGCUGUGUGUGAAUGUUAAAAGUGAUUGUGUGUUGGGAGGGUAAAGAAAACCAACAACAAAAAUGCAUUAUAUCUUCCCCCCCCCCCCUUUACCUUUAGCCUGGGAGGGGUCCGGCACGGUGGUAGCUGGGAGGAGGGGGACCGGCACACUCACAUCAUCCCUGGUGGUCCAGUGGAGUUCACUCUCGCGAGAUCCGGCGCGUUGCCAUGGCAACGCUCCGGAUCUCGCGAGAGAAACCCAGCGGAGCCGCAAGAUAGAGCUCCGCCGGGUCCUCUCCCUCUCUCCCCAGCCGCAGGUCUGUUUAAAUGGGCCGGUGAGGGAGAUCUUUGAUCUCCCCACCGGCCCUCCAUGGAAGACAGCGGGGCCGGCGCUCGGAUAGUGCCGGCCCUGCAUAGACCGGCCGGGGAGAUCCUGGGACCUCCCCUGCCGGCCUCGGCCCCACGGACACCGCGGCCCACCGGGCAUUUGCCCGGUGUGCCCGAUGGCCAGUCCGGGCCUGCCUGUUUCUCUGCAUGUUCUGUGUAUGAGUUGCGUGUUUGUGCUGUGUUUGUAUGUUGCUGUGCAUAUGCUGUGUGUAUGCACUGUGUGUAUAUGCCAUGUGUAUGAGCUGUGUUGCAUGUGCUGUGUACGUGAUGCUUUUGUUUCACAGUAACAUGUCUGUGCAUGAUAUUCUUUCUCUGCGUUAUAUUACUUCCUCCUACAGCGAUGGGAUUAUACAGCCGCCCAGAGAUUGGGACAGAACAGAUUUUAUAUUAACUCAGCCAGGCGCACAAUGGGUGUCACUGUCAUUGCAACAUCUUUUCUUAAUAUUCGUGUUGUCCUUUAAUCCAGAUGGCAUUGCAUCUCAUGGAGAAAGUAUUAAUCUAUCCCCAGACCCCAGACCAUGCAGGAGACAUAGGAGAUAUGGUCCAAAAACAGGCAGACAGGAAUACCUCUUCCCUCUGCAGGAUUGGCUGCCAGUCAGCCACGCUCCCCUUUUUGUCCUGACCCCCAUCUCCUAACAAUGCAUUAAUUGUAUCAGAUUUACACUACAUUACGCAUGUAAUGCAUUUUAUACCUGCCCAAUGUAUCCACAUGUACCUUGUUUUGGGGAGGGGGGGAAGGUCUGUGAAUGUAAAUAUGGGAGUGUUUACAUGCUGAAUAUUUUUAGUGAAUGCCAUUGAUUUGAUUUACAUAUAGCAGACUUAAUUUCAGUCUUUUCUCUGCUUGUCCUAUGACAGACAUAUAACACAGACUCCCAGGUGCCAGACAGCGCAGGGACCGCUACGGCAUUCCUGUGCGGCGUGAAAACCAAUAGAGGUACACUGGCUGUCAAUGCAGCCACCGUCUUAGGAAACUGCAUGUCAUCAAAGGGCAAUGAGGUGCAGUCCAUACUCAGAUGGGCAAAGGACGCCGGUAAGAGGCAUGCGCAAUGAAUGAUAGAGCUAGACUGUAAAUUGUCCAACAUGUUCCAUUACAACACCAUAAACCAGAGGCCAGAAUGUAGCCUGAUGUCAGAGGAGUCCAGCAGGAAGUGAAGUUCAGUAUUACACAUCCUCAUAAUGUAUGUAAUGACUUUUUCUAUUGAUGAAAACACUCAAAUACGACAAAAACUCUCAAACAGCCCAACCCUUUACCCAAGGGUUUAAUAGAUACGAGAUUAGGUGUGAUAGGGUGGAAACCAGUCACUCUUUGUCUAAUGCACACAUUGGAGAUAUUCCAUAAAUUAGUCUCCAGCUUCUGUGAUGUUUAUUUAUUCCAAUUAUAUAAUCUUGUCUGUGUGUCAGGGUGGGUCAAACUGGUUCUGUUGGAAUUAAUGCUGUUUAAUUAAUGCUCUAGUAAUCAGGUAUCUGAGUUCACAAACCACAGAGAGAUUAAUCACUUUCUGACAUCUCUUGGAAACCAGGAUUGUGUCGGCAUGUCAUUAAAGUAAAGUGUGAGUUUUUGGUAAUUCAAGUGUGGUUUGAAGUACCAAAAAAUCACCUUGAUUUCCUGGCAAUUCGUACUUUAAUAAAUGAAUGACCCUGCAAGUUAUUAUAUGAUUUAUAUUAUAUAGGGGUUGGUACACAUCAGGUUUUUAGAAACCAGGUUAGUUGAAUCAACACUCAUUUUUUUAUUUUCUUUAUAAAAAUAAUAUGCCCUUUCAAUGCCAGAUUGGUUAAUAAUGCUUCCCUUGUUAUGCCUAAUAACAUCUGGCACUCAGAGAGGUAGUUGUGUAAAAUUAAACUCUUCCAGUCCAAUGACAAAUUUUUGUAGGCUUAUUAUGUAAUAUACCUCAGCUCACACCACGCUGAAGAACAGUUUAUUCUCAGACUGGAAAAAUAGAUGGAGAGUAAAACGUUCUCCUUAUGAAAUUGUAGAUUUGGUGGACAGGGCACUGCUUGUUAGGGGUGGAUUGGAUGAAGAGGUACUGCUUGUUAGUGGUAGAUUAGAUUAAGAGGUACUGCUUGUUAGUGGCAGAUUGGGUGGAUGAGGCACUGCUUUUUAGGGGUAGAUUGGGUGCAAAGGCACUGCUUGCUAGGGGUAGAUUGGAUGGACAAGGUAUUGACCGUUAUGGGUAGAGAUUGGGUGGAUGAGGUAUUGUUGUUUAGUGGUAGAUUGAGUGAAGAGGCUUUGCUUGUUAGAAGUAGACUGGAUGAGGAUGCACCACUUGUUAGAGGUAGAUUGGGUGGACGAGGUAUUGAUUGUUAGAUGUACAUUGGGCAAAUGAGGUGUUGCUUGUAAGGAUAGAUUGGAUGAAGAGGUACUGCUUGUUAGUGGUAGAUUGGAUGAAGAGGUACUGCUUGUUAGGGGGGAUUGGAUGAAGAGGUACUGCUUGUUAGGGGGGGUUGGAUGAAGAGGUACUGCUUGAUAGUGGCAGAUUGGAUGAAGAGUUAUUGCUUGUUAGUGGUAGAUUGGAUGGAGAGGUACUGCUUGUUAGGGGGGAUUGGAUGAAGAGGUACUGCUUGUUAGGGGGGAUUGGAUGAAGAGGUACUGCUUGUUAGGGGGGAUUGGAUGAAGAGGUACUGCUUGUUAGGGGGGAUUGGAUGAAGAGGUACUGCUUGUUAGGGGGGAUUGGAUGAAGAGGUACUUCUUGAUAGUGAUAGAUUGAAUGAAGAUGUACUGCUAGAUAGUGAUAGAUUGAAUGAAGAGGUACUGCUUGUUAGCUUUAGAUUGGAUAAAGAGGUACUGCUUGUUAGUGGUAGAUUUGAUGCAGAGGUACUGCUUGUUAGUGGCAGAUUGGGUGGAUGAGGCACUGCUUUUUAGGGGUAGAUUGGGUGCAAAGGCACUGCUUGUUAGGGGUAGAUUGGAUGGACAAGGUAUUGACCGUUAUGGGUAGAGAUUGGGUGAAUGAGGUAUUGUUGUUUAGUGGUAGAUUGAGUGAAGAGGCUCUGCUUGUUAGAAGUAAACUGGAUGAGGAUGCACCACUUGUUAGAGGUAGAUUGGGUGGACAAGGUAUUGACUGUUAGAGGUAGAUUGGGUGGACGAGGUAUUGACUGUUAGAGGUAGAUUGGGUGGACGAGGUAUUGACUGUUAGAGGUACAUUGGGCAAAUGAGGUGUUGCUUGUAAGGAUAGAUUGGAUGGACGAGAUAUUGAUUGUUAGAGGUAGAUUGGGUGGACGAGGUAUUGACUGUUAGAGGUACAUUGGGCAAAUGAGAUGUUGCUUGUAAGGAUAGAUUGGAUGGACGAGAUAUUGAUUGUUAGAGGUAGAUUGGGUGAAGAUGCAUGGCUUCUUGCAGGAUAUACUGACUGAGAGAGGUUCUGCAUGUUGAGGAGAAGAUUGGGGAGAAGAAACACUGUUAGUAUUUUUUAUGCAUGUAUUUUUUGGGGGGGACAAAACAAAACUGGUGGUUUUUGCAGGGAAGUCGGUUGGUGUAGUAACUACAACCCGAAUAACCCACGCAACGCCAGCUGCUGCCUUUGCACACAGUGCAGACCGGAACUGGUACUCCGAUAGCAAUAUGCCCCCAGAGGCUAUUGCCCAAGGCUGCAAAGACAUUGCAUGGCAACUCAUUGAAAACAUACCUGAUAUUGAGGUAAGUUUUCCAUUAGCAACCACUGUCCCAAAUGAGGGUCACACAUACACUAGGGCUGGACACCAAGGAUAUAACAUAUGGGCAAAAGGAUGAAUUAUAAGGGCUCUUGUAGGAAGUUCACUUUUAGCACUAAACUCCUGUAUAGCAGACCCACUUUAUACUGCUCUGGAGACAGAACCAUAAUGUGAACAGAAAGGUUAGACAAUCCUACGAAAAAGUCAAAAGAGUCAAAACAAAAAGUGAAUCCACAAGGGUCCUCUGACUUUAAACUAUGAAAAGCAAACCAAUGCUUAUGUGAAUCUAUGAUCUUGAGCAGGGGUAGGCAACCAUCGGCACUCCAGUUGUUAAGGACUACAUCUUCCAUAAUGCUGGCAAGGUAUCAAAGGAGAUGUAGUUCACAACACCUGGUGUGCCAAAGGUUGCCUACUACUGUUCUAGAGGGAUGAUGAGGAUAACUGAGACUCUUCCUGACCACAAUGGACACAUGCAAAAGAUUAGCCAGAAGCCCAUCGGGUUAAAUGUUCUUUACAGGGAACUAGAUGUUUUACUGUCUCACUAGGUUUCUCACCUUUACCUAAAUGCUAUAUUUUACCUUGAUGGGAUCUGAUAGUCUGACUCCAAAUCCAAGCCCUCCUCCUGACACAAUGCACAAGCUUUCACAUGCAUGCUAACAUAUAAUUCCUGUUCCCGCCAAAGAGAUGAAAACAUUUUUUUUCAAGAUAUCUAAUUUCCCUUCUCUCACAUCAUUACUUUAGACACAGAUGGUUAGUCACAACUUGCAGCUCAUUUUUUCUGUUUGUAAAUAAUAACAGGUGAUCCUCGGUGGGGGUCGGAAGUACAUGUACCCGUUAGGAACCCCUGACGUAGAGUAUCCUGAAGAUCCCAAGGCUAAUGGUACAAGAAAUGAUGGGGAAGAUCUGGUAAAAGUCUGGCAGGAGAAGAAGGAUCCUAGCAAGGUAUGAAAUGUGACCAAUUUACAAAACCAUAAACAGCUCUUGGAAGAAAAUAAUAACUUUUACUCAUAAUCACAGAGUUAUACCUCUUCUCCAGUGAUUUAUGGACAGGGCACUAAUGACACCCAAACUCACUUUUCAUUGUAUGUAACUGUUUUAGGUCUCUCGAUACGUUUGGAAUCGUAGCCAGCUGUUAAGCUUGGACAAAGAACAUGUGGACUACGUACUGGGUGAGUGAAUAUUGGGUAUUUCACGUAUAACAAGGAGAAAGCUUACAGCUUUUUGGGGAACUCGUGAGAUUUUUAUUGGACACUGGAGAACAUGUAACUACUACUGAUGAACAGCGUGCUUGUAUCACAUGUGCAACUAUCUCCACUUUGCAGCACUGCUAUGGAGACUGUAAAACAGAUUGGCACAAAGUGUAGUGUACUGUGGAGUAGAGCUAUUAAGAAUGUACUCUACAAGGGUAUUCACCAAAAUUCAAAUCCAGAUUACAAAAUUAAAGCUGAUUCUGGGAAAUUUACAACGUCAGCUAUAGUAACAACUUGACUAUUUCAACUUUAAAGGGAUACUAUAGUGCCGGGAAUACAAAGCUGUAUUCCUGGCACUAUAGCAUUCCUGCCUCCGCCCUCCCCACACCCAGCACUAAUGUCCCUCCGCACUGGGCCGACGCUCCACACUCUCUGAGCGGGCAUCAAUGUGCAUGCACUGCAUAUGCCAUAAGCGCAUUAAACCUCCCCAUAGGAUUAUACUGCCCCCAAUGCGUUCCUAUGGGGAAAAAUCUGACGCUGGAGGUCCUCAUGCAGAGCGUGAGAACGUCCAGCAUCAGAUACCGGACUAAAGGUCAGUUUCAAUCCAGGAAGCCCUCUACAGCCACUGGAGGCAGACUUAGUGCAGCAAUGUAAACAUUGCAGUUUCACUAAGUGCAAAAGGGGAACUGCACCUAGACCACUUCAGUGAGCAAAAGUGGUCUGGGUGCCUACAGUGUCCUUUUAAUUGUGCAACCUGCAGCACAAUCCACUAAAAUCUGAAAUUUAGUAAAUAACCCUGUCUGUAUUUUAGAAAAAUUCUUAAUAGACACAGUCCACUUUUGUACUGUAACUCUAAAAAUUCUCAGCCAGCCAAGCCUGAAUUAAUUAAUGAAAAUAGCAGAUUAUUUUUUGCAGAUUUAGCUUUCAGCACGUGCGCAAUGACCUGCGCACAAUGUAGCGGGCCUGCCGACAACCAGACCAGUUGUCCUUGCUCAGCCACGUCUUGUGUCUGUAAAGGAAUCAGCUAUAACACAGAAUAACCCAUUUCCCACCCAGUAACCAGACGACACACAGUCCUGGGGGUACAACAACAACUUUAUUGGCCACACUCGGCUUUAUACUUUCCCCAUGCAAGGGGUGGAUCACACAUAGAGACAAUGUCCCCUCCCAGGGGUCACAUAACGGAACUGGAGCCCCAAUCUUUUUGUCCCCUGUUCCCGCCCCUCCAUGACCCCUCCCCGGGUCCUCCCCCUCCCAGGGGCAUGUGUGUGUGACAGGAACUCCAGGCCCUUUGUCCCCAGUUCCCGCCACCCAUCCUCAGUGUUGUUUGGUGUGAACAUUCCAAGGGUCACUGGGGAGGUCCUCGUUUGGGAACCAAAUGAGGUGGGAAGCAAUCCAUGAAUGCUCCCCCUAGAUGGCGUUCGUCUAACAAACGGGCCGCCACCCAGGGUCGGCAUGCACCGAGGCUUCCCUUGCAGUUUGUUGUUUUGACACCUCGUCCUGCGAUCCUGACAUUACCAACCAUGCUGCUAAGUUCCAGAUUUGGUUUUAGAGGACUUUUGUUUCUGAACCUAGUUGGAUUCUCACACCCAUUAAUCCAAGUACAUCAUUUGAUAUUUUGUUUCUGCAAUUUUGGGGGGGAAAUAAUGGUUUGUCCACUAACCACCUGUAUUUUAAUGCUGAACACAGCUAUGCAUCACCAAACUGAUUCCUGGCCAUUAAACAGACAAUCAGGCUAAUCACUAAAGUCAGAAUUGUCAGCAAUUCAAACGGACAAAAUAGCCGAACUAGAAGCAGAGCUGGCUGGGACAUGUUUUCUGUAUGGGUUUAUAUACCUGACAAUUCUCACUUUGGUAAACAGCCCUGUACCCUUGCUAAGUUUAUAUCAUAAAAUAAUGAAAGUUUAAACUUAAAAUAAAUAGUGCAAACAUGGAAUGAAACCUCAGUCACAGGGCCAUCUUCUGCUGGGAUUAUACUGCCCCCUAGGGGUUCUUACAUGGAAAUAUCUGUCCUGACAAGAAUAUAUUUAUAUUUAAAGGACCACUCUAGGCACCCAGACCACUUCAGCUUAAUGAAGUGGUCUGGGUGCCAGGUCCAGCUAGGCCAUUCUUUUAUAAACAUAGCAGUUUCAGAGAAACUGCUAUGUUUAUCAAUGGGUUAAGCCUUCCCCCAAAGCCUCUAGCGGCUGUCUCAUUGACAGCCGCUAGAGGCGCUUGCGUAUUCUCACUGUGAAAAUCACAGUGAGAGCACGCAGCGUCCAUAGGAAAGCAUUGAUAAUGCUUUCCUAUGCGACCGGCUGAAUGCGCGCACAGCUCUUGCCGCGCGUGCGCAUUCAGCCGACGGGGAGGAACGGAGGAGGAUCGGAGGAGGAGAGCUCCCCGCCCAGCGCUGGAAAAAGGUAAGUUUUUACCACUUUCCCCCUUCCAGAGCCGGGCGGGAGGGGGACCCUGAGGGUGGGGGCACCCUCAGGGCACUAUAGUGCCAGGAAAACGAGUAUGUUUUCCUGGCACUAUAGUGGUCCUUUAACUCAUUCUUGGUUAUAAAACAGUUUAACUUAACCCCUUAAGGACAUGUGUGACAUGUCAUGAUUCCCUUUUAUUCCAGAAGUUUGGUCCUUAAGGGGUUAAAGGAAGGAUGGUAAAAAGGCGCAUGGUCCGUCUAAGGAAACAAUGACAGAAAAACUUUCGCAAAUAAAAAACAUCAGUGCGGUUCACAAUGCUCCCCUUCAUCUGAUCACCAGGGAAAGAUAAGCACAUGGAGGGCAACAUACAUACACACUGAGACACCACACACACACAACAUUUGGUAACACAAAACACACACAAAACGUAGACUCCCCCACACUCCAAAUUCAACCAGCACACACACAUACAAACAUACACACAGUCACAUUCAUCCCCACCACAUACAGCUCUUGGCCUCCUACACACAAAUACACACACACACACACACACAACACUCAGUCACUACACACACUUUCACAACAUUCAGUCUCCCUCACACACAACACUCACAAAACAGAGCCCAGGGCUCUGGGGCCCCAAUCUUGGCAGACAGGAAUUCUAUUUUGUAAAUGGAAAGCAGUUGAAGGAAAUUAAAUUAUGUUUUCCAUUCUCAGGUCUCUUUGAACCGAACGAUAUGGCCUAUGAAUUAAAAAGAAGGAAUACCACAGACCCUUCCCUGUCCGAAAUGGUUGAUUCAGCAAUUCACAUCCUCCAGAAAAAUCACCUUGGUUAUUUCUUAUUAGUGGAAGGUAAACAAUUGCUAAAAGGAUCCCAGUGCCUUAUAGGGUAUCCUACUCCAUCCUACCCCCCAGAGGGCAGUUAUACACUGUCACUCUGAAAUGACUCAAAUCUACAAUAUACAACAUCACAUGCAUUACCUGUACCAGUUACCCUGUUUAAGUGGCUACUAUAUAAAGUAACCCGGCCUGAGGGGCAUCCAGUUACCCUGUCCAUAGGGCACCUGUCCAAGGGGCAGAUAAUUACCCUGUCAGUAAAGCAGUUACAUUUAUUUUACCUUGUCUGGGCAGUUAUAUCCAGUUACUAUGUCAGAGGGGCAGUUACAUACAGUUACCUUGUCAGAGGGGCAGUUAUAUACAGUUACCUUGUCAGAGGGGCAGUUAUAUCCGAUAACCCAGUUUGCCCGGUAGUUAUAUAAACAUUACCCUUCCCAAUGGGCCAUUAUAUCUAUCGCUUUUUGAGGCCCUGAUAAAUCCAAUUACACUAUCUGAGGGGCAGUUAUAUACAAUUACCCUAUCCGAGUGGUAGUUAUAUGUAAUUACCCUGUCCAAGAGGCAUAUGUCCAUAAAAGGGGCAAUUGUACCAAUUACCCUGUACAAAUGGCAGUUAUAUAUUUCACUUUGAACACAGCAAUUAUACUCCUACCUGUCUCAGUCAGGAAGUACCCCUAUAGCCCAGUUUAUUUUUGUUUCUGUGGCCUAGGUGGGCGAAUAGACCACGGCCACCAUGCAGGGGAGGCCAGCCUUGCAUUACACGAAGCUGUGGAGCUGGACAGGGCCAUACACGUGGCAGAAGAUCUGACCUCAGAAGAGGAUACCCUGACUGUGGUGACUGCCGACCAUUCCCACGUUUUCACCUUUGGAGGGUACCCACCCAGAGGAAACCCUAUUUUAGGUAUGUACCCCACCCCAUGACCACAAAACCCUGCAAAUAGCAAAGGAUGGUUUUACUUUUACAAGAACUGCCUAUAAAUCAUUUAAUGAAACAUCCACAAAGAAACUGAAUAAAUGCCUAACAACUAACUUCCCAAAAAAUGGACAUUUUGAGAGCUCGCUGUUCAGCAAGUCACAUUACGGUAACACAGGCGUGGACAUAUCAGGAAUUACACGGUACAGUUACACAUGUAAUGCAAACGCUGCAGAUUUUAUCUUCACAUAAUGAAUAAUGAAUUGUAUAUUUUGAUUCAUGCAAUCCCUUGACACAUGAGACACAAUAUUUUAUCCCUUGCAUUUGAUCGUGGUGUUUAGGGAUAAUUGGACCGUGAAUAUUAUUUUGCGGUAGGGAAAUGUUAUAUUCCCAUCUCUUACUUUAUAUUACCAGGCAAGACUCCAGAACUCAGCGACGCUGACUUUAAACCAUACACCUCCAUCUUGUAUGGAAAUGGACCUGGAUUUAAGCUUGAAAGAGGGGAGCGAGUAAAUAUCUCAGACAUAGACACAAGUAAGAGAGAGAUGUGUAUGUUUAUUUGUACCAUUAUCCAACUGUAAAUGUGUGUAUUUACUGCACGCCCUGGCAGGUGCGGAGGAAAUGCUAUACAUCUGGUUAGUGGGCAGUGGAUAUAAUUAUAUCUUCAUUAUUAUUAUUAUUAUUAUUAUUUUUAUAAAAAAAUUCACUAUGCUUUAUUUCCAUUUUUUUUUUCAAAAUAUUUUUGUUGUCUGGUUUAUUGACUCAUUUUGGACUUUCUAUCUCGACAGCGAAUCCAAAUUACCAAGCCCAGGCAGCUGUGCCCUUGAAAGUAGAGACUCACGGUGGAGAAGACGUGGCCAUCUUAGCUAAGGGCCCGAUGGCUCAUCUUUUUCAUGGUGUCUGUGAGCAGAGCUACAUCCCUUAUGUAAUGGCGUACGCCGCUUGCAUUGGCGAGAAUAAGGCCCACUGCUCACAGCGUGCUUACCAUUCAGACUCUGCACUGUUAUCAUUUUCGUUCACGUCUGUUUUACCGCUGGUAGUUUGGCUGGUUCUCUGA